AUGGAGGCACUCGCAGCCGUAGGGACGGCCGCUGGUCUCGCCGGCAAUGCCAUCACAAUCAUCAUCCAGCUUCACGACCUCAUCAACGACCUUGUACGAGCCGACGAAGACGUGAAAGAGUGCCUGGACGAGCUGAAGGGAACGACUACCCUCCUUGCAGACAUCAGAGCUAUUUGUGACGACGGUGGUCAUCCUGUCGCUCCUGGUUCGAUUGAGAGUCGACGCCAUUUGGAAGAGGCUGUGGUGCGGUGUACGGAGGUUUGCGAGCGGUUUCGCGAGCGGCUUGAGAGUUGGACUGGGAACCGUGGAGGUGGGAAGAAAUUGCUGUGGCGUGCUCGGGUGAGGGUUGGGGUGCUCGGCAAGGGCGAGAUACGGAGAUUCAGGGAGCAGAUUGCGGCUUGUCGGGACGAAGUCCAUCUGGCGCUCUCGAGUUGCGGGCUCAGCGAAACGAGAGGCCUCGGCUCGAGGAUCGAUACCAAACUCCAGCUCAUCGACAGUCGGGGGACAUCGAACACGAUCGCAGGCCCAAGAAGUCCAUUGGAAGUUUGCAGAGACGUCCUCUCUCCGAGCUAUGUCGACCCAAGUCUAUCCACCAAACCGAGAGUUGCCGGCACCUGCGAAUGGAUCAAAGGGGACGCAACGUACCAAACCUUGUUGAGAGGCGAGUCACAACAACUCUGGAUCCAUGGAGGCCCAGGAAAGGGCAAAAGCACGCUUGCUAGCUUCAUAUCCGAGCAAUUGGCGAGUGUGGCUCAGCAGAAGGGCUCCAGCACGGCGUUCCUGUCUAUCAUUUGCAGCGGGGCCAGCAGCAGUGCGACUCCUAUCCUUCAGAGUCUGCUUUGGCAGUUGGUGGAGCAUAGACCUGCGCUCGCGGAAGUGCUAGUCGGCUCGCAGCGGCCGAACUUCCACACGGCUGUUCGGUCCGAAGAGUUCCUCUGGAUGUUGUUGCUCAAGGCGCUUGGAAACCUGGAUGGCGCGAAGACGUACUGCCUGCUCGACGGACUGGACGAGUGCGAGGAUGACUCCAGGCGCUGGCUCGCGAAGAAGCUGGUGGACCUCCAGCUUGAUAAGUUCCAAUGCAUCAUUCUGAGUCGGGACGUUCCGCAUAUGAACAAGGCUCACACACAGAUCGAUCUCGACUCCGACGUUCUUUCGCCGAUCAUCAGCCAAGACGUGCGGAGACUGGUUUCGGCAAAGGUGCAGGAGCUGAGUGCGGUGGUUGCGUUCACGCCGGAGUUUCAGGAAGCCAUCGAAAGCCAGCUUGUCGCGAGAUCAGAGGGAACCUUUCUCCACCGAAAUCGAACGGGCGCUGAAGAUUUACCAACGGGACUGUCUGCAAUCUAUCAGCGCAUGCUGUCCCAGAUCGCAGGCCUCAAGCUCCACGAGGAGUGCUUCGAGAUUCUGCACCUGCUCACCGCGACAUUCCGACCAUUGCUGUUGCGGGAACUCACUGCCCUCGUGGACCGCAAGCCCACGGAGAACCUCGACAGUGAGCAGGUGUUGCGGGAUCGACUGACGCUCUGCGGCCCGCUCAUCGAGAUUCGUGAGAGAACCGUGAAGCUCGUCCACCAGUCCGCCAAGGAGUAUUUGCAGUCGCAGAACGAUGGGAGUAGUAAGGUGCGCAAUGAGCCCAUGAUGGACCUCGAAGCACUGCACCUACAAAUCGCACGGACAUGCCUUGACUGCUUGAAUGCCGGCCUUAUCAUCAAUUGCGGCGUCGACUCAAGGGCGUGUAAAGCGACGCGAGAUAGCACAGACUGGUCUGAUGCCAGACAGCGUGCCUUUCUCUACUAUGCAGUCAACCAUUGGAUCGAUCACGCCAGAUUCAGCCCAGAGGUUGCGCAGAAGUUAUUCGCUCAUCCGAGUGCUUUCUACAAGCAAAAGUCGCUGGUCCGAGUCCUAUGGCACGAGCUGUAUGCUCGCUCCCAUCGUGGCGAUCCUGGCCCAAUUGACAUGCCCGUGCUGCAUCUCGCGUGCUACUUGGGCAUUGUUGGUUGGGUAACGGUGCUGAUGAAGCGGGAGAAGAGAAAGCUCAGGCUCGCGAGGUCGUUGAGACAGCGCGAUCAGCGGGGCUUCACACCCUUGGGCGAGGCAGUCAGAGGCGGCCAUGAGCAGGUUGUGCGCCUACUUCUCGAUGCCGGUGCCGAUGUCGAUGGCAAGGACUCGAGAGGAAUGACGCCGGCGAUACUGGCGUGUGACCGAGGGCAUGCGGCCAUGGUGAAGUUGAUGAUCGAUCGUGGAGCUAAUGUCAUGAUGCAAGAUCCCACCGGGCAGAUCCCGCUGCAUCAUGCUGCUCUGCAGGGCAACAUCAAGCUCGUGGCAAUGCUGCUGGACGCGGUGCAGGGCGCAGAUGCGGACGCCAGGGACGAGUACUUCUGGACACCCUUGCACAACGCCGUGAUGAAUCGCGACGAGGAGUGCGUGAGACUUCUCCUGGCUGCUGGAGCCAAUGCCGCCGCCAGAACUAAGAGUGGAGAGACGGCCCUGAGCAUAGCAGCGAGCGUGGGCGACGAGACGUUGGCGAAGAUGCUGCUGAUCGAGCACAAGAUCGACCCCAAUUCGAGGGACAGAUCCGGUUGCACGCCUCUGUUUGACAGCGCGUCAGUGGCAAUGUCACAGCUUCUGCUGGAGCACGGCGCGGUCCUCGGUGCAAGGAAUGAUUAUGGCGCUACAGCCUUACGCUCCGCGCUGAAUCACAGGGAUGAGCCGUUGUUGCGCUUCCUUAUCAGUCAGGGAGCCGACCUGAGGGAGUUGGAUUCAAUGGGACAGACGCUGUUGCAUGGAGCAGCCUUUGUCCCCGGUGAUGCAGAGAUGGGCCUAGUGCUGUUGGGUUUGGGAUUGGAUCCCACCGUGAAGGACAUGUAUGGCCGCACGGCCCUCGACGAGGCGAUUCGCUGGAGCAAUCAGCAAUUUGCUGAUAUUUUGUUGAAGCAUGAGGAGAGUACAGGUGUUGCUUGA